AAAAAUGUUCUCACUAUCCAAACUCAAGUUUUCCUCAAUUAAGACACUGUCAAAUACCUUGGUUUAUUCUAGGCUAGGGUUCUUCAGUACAUCAAUUCGUGAAUCAAUGGAAGCUAAACUUAGGGAAAAGUUCAACCCAACUUAUUUACAAAUUAACCAAGAAGGAGAUGACAAGGUUCAAGUUAUCAUUGAGUCUGAAGAGUUUGUGGGCCAGCCAAUCCUCAGAAGACAUAGAGCAGUGAAUGAUCUCCUUAAGGACGAAAUUACUCAGAUCCAUGCCUUUACCUUAGACGCUAAGCCUCCAAGCAAGUAAGGAGUUUGCAAGGUUUUUAAGAUCAAGAGAAUUUCUGCGGAUGCAAU